AUUACAAAAUUAAUUAUCUCUAUAAUUUGUUUAAUCAUAAGAUUUAUUUUUAUACAAAUAAAACACCCCCUCUCUAUAGGAUUAAUACUACUAAUUCAAACAUUUUUAACUUGUUUAAUUACAGGAAUUUAUGUGGACUCCUUUUGAUUUUCAUAUGUAUUAUUUUUAAUUUUUUUAGGAGGAAUACUUAUUUUAUUUAUUUACGUUACUUCUCUUUCAUCAAAUGAAAUAUUUACGAUAUCAUUUAAAUUAACUAUAUUUAGAAUAUUUUUACUAUUUACAACAAUAAUAAUUUUUAUAUUACUAGAUAAAAGAAUUUUAGAACAAUUUAUUUCAAAUAUUGAAAUAAAAAAAUUAUCUUUAGAAUUAAAUUUAAUUAAUGAAAAUAUUUUAUCUUUAAAUAAAAUAUACAACUUUCCAACAAAUUUAAUUACCUUACUUUUAAUUAAUUAUUUAUUUUUAACUUUACUAGUAACAGUAAAAAUUACAAAAAAAUUUUAUGGGCCAUUACGACCAAUAAACUAA